AUGGCUAGUGAUGGACCUCGCAUUGACCCCGGUCCGAAAGAGUGGGGUGUACUAGAUGAAGAUGUGCAGCAAUGUCAUAGAUCCCAGGUGGUGUGGAACGAAGGACAUUUAAAGUCUCUGAGAGUGAGACGAGCUUCAGAGGGUAGGGGAAACAGAGAUGUACACGACCCAGAUGACAUCCCCCAGGACCUGCAGCAGCAUUUGGUGCGUGCAGGUUUUUGGCAUGCGGCUCGCAUGAGAAGAUUACCGAUUGACCAUAGGCUGAUUACUGCACUGGUGGAGAGGUGGAGGCCGGAGACUCACACUUUCCACAUGCCUGUGGGAGAGAUGACACUCACUUUACAGGAUGUUGAGGCCAUUCUGGGUUUACGCACUGAGGGUCGGGUAGUUUCCGGCUUUACCCAUGCCAACUGGGAGGACGUAAUUCUGCAGUAUAUGGGAAGAUCUCCACUUGAAGACGAUUUGGAUGGUGGAAACCUUAAGAUGAGUUGGUUGACUCAUCAUUGGGGUCAUUGGGCCACGCAUUCAGGUACUCACGAGGGACAUAUUAGGUACACUCGUGCCUAUCUGAUGCGUCUGUUUGGAGGUUUCUUGCUGUGUGACAAGUCAAGUUCAGUUGUCGGGUGUAGAUACAUUCAACUAUUAGAUGGGGACUUUGAGGAAACCAAUACAUAUAGUUGGGGAUCUGCGGUACUUGCAGUACUGUUCCGUGAGCUAUGUCAGGCAACAUCUUCAGGGGCCAGUGAUAUUGGGGGAUGUACGUUGUUGUUACAGAUAUGGGCAUGGACCCGUUUUCCUACCAUAGCACCGCCCAUGCCACUACCAAGUGACCCAGCCGAUCACUAUGGACGACGGUUUAACAAUGUGGUAUUGCAGCGACACCGAUUUCACCUGAAGGAUUACCGGAUUGAGCUUGAUCAAAUGGGUAGAGACAAUGUUGUGUGGGAGCCAUAUAAGGAGGUUGGCUAUGAGUUUCUGGGUGCAGAUGCUGACAUGCAGAACAAAUGGAGGGCUGUUACACCUGUACUCACCUUCCACAUUGUCGAGAUGCACCAGCCUGACCGUUGCAUGCGGCAAUUUGGCAUGCAACAACACAUCCCUAGACUUGCUGGUCGGUUGAGAGGAAGGUACGGCCAUAGGGAAACAUCACAUACGUCUCGCAGUGGGCAUCAGUCAGGAGAGGACACAGGGGACGACUUUCUCCAAGCAGCAGCAGAGGAUUUCGAUAUUAGGCAUGAUCCUGAUACAGAGAGAGUGGGUGGUGUCAUUCGCAGGAACCCUGAAUGUGAUGCGCGUAACAGACCAUGGCCUACUUAUACUCCAUCAUCAUAG